AUGCAGGGUACCGUGAGGCUGUGGGUGUCGGUGCUGACUUUCGCCCUGUCGCUGCUGGUCUGCCUGGGAACGCUGGCAGAGGCGUACCCCUCCAAACCGGACAGCCCGUUGUCUUUGGCUCGCUUUAGAGAGCGACAGCUCUGCACGUCCGGGUUCCCUCCGAGUCCGGAGCUGAAUUUCCACCGUCUAAGUUGGCAGAAGGGGCAAAGAUAUGGAAAGAGAUCAAGCCCAGAGACACUGAUUUCAGACCUCUUGUUGCGGGAAAGCACAGAAAAUAUUCCCAGAUCCAG